AUGGGAGUCGAAGAGCCCCAGCUAGAGUGCACCGUGUGCAUGGAGACGAUGCCCACCUCCUCGUUCCCAAAGGACAAGAUGACACCAAGUUGCCUCCACGCUUCUUCAAUCUGCAACCCCUGUCUUGCCACCUGCGUAGAGAUGCAGAUCCAGACCGUACAGCUAGAGACUCUCUCAUGUCCUGAAUGCAAAGCUCUUCUCCCUGCAGAGACCGUCAAGAGAUUCAUGUCGACAGAGAGGUUCGAAAGAUAUCUGAACUACAUGGACACUCUUCCGAUACGACUUGAUCACAAUUUCAGCGCCUGCGCUUAUGCCGAUUGUGGCUUUCUCCAGAUCCGUGAACCUGUUCCCCCGCGUACACGAAGAACUCGGGAACUGUUAUGCAAGAAAUGUAACCGGAUAACUUGCUUCAUAUGCAAUGUGCCCUUGGUUACCCCACAUAACUGUAAGGAACGUGAGAGAGCAAGGCUCCGAAAGCUGAACGCCGACAUCGAGAAACUUCCCUUGGAUGAGAGGACUGAGUAUGUCAUUCAAAAGACAACGAGUCCCUGUCCGGCUUGCAAGACAUUGAUAGAGAAGAACGGUGGAUGUUACCACAUGAAAUGUAGUCGUUGUGGCUACAAAUUCUUCUGGGAAAUGACAUCUGAAAUGGAAGCAUAG